AUGGCCGCCACUCUCCGCCUCCAAAAAGAACUCAAACUCCUCCUCAAAUCUCCCGAACCCGGCAUCGUUGCCAAACCGUCCUCCUCCACCAAUAUUCUCGAUUGGUACUUCCUCAUCGACGGACCGAAAGACACCGCUUACGACAAAGGAAAAUACUUGGGCAAAAUUCUUUUCCCGAAAGAUUACCCGUUUAAACCACCCGGCAUCAUCAUGUCCACGCCGUCUGGGCGGUUCGAACCGGGGAAGAAAAUAUGCAUGUCCAUGUCGGAUUAUCACCCGGAAACGUGGAACCCCAUGUGGUCGGUGUCGAGCAUUUUGAAAGGGAUUCAGAGCUUCAUGGCGGACAACGAGAUAACUGCCGGAAGUAUUCGAACGAGCGAACAGGAAAAGAAAAAGUUGGCGAAAGAAAGCGUCGCCUGGCUGGUGAGAAACGCGCAGUUUAGGAAAGUGUUCGCGGAAUUAAUCGAUGCGAUGGAAGAGGAAGAGAGGAAGAGAAAAGAGGAGAAUAACGAGACGAACGAGUGA